AGGAAGGAGGGGCCGGAGCACCGAGUAAAGGGUUGCCUGAAGACCGAAACAGGGAGCCGGCACUGGAAGGGGGAGAGUCCAGGCCCUAACACCUCAUCAAAACACCCGGUCUGACUUCUCAUACAGAAAGUAUGUCUGAUAACGGGGAGCUUGAGGAUAAACCACCGGCUCCUCCAGUGCGCAUGAGCAGUACAAUAUUCAGCUCAGGGACGAAAGACCCUUUAUCCAGCAAUCACAGUUUAAAACCUCUUCCUUUGAUUCCAGAAGAGCGAAAACCACGGAACAAAAUCAUAUCCAUGUUUUCUGGCACAGAAAAGGCAAGCAAGAAGAAAGACAAGGAGCGUCCUGAAAUUUCACCGCCAUCUGACUUUGAACAUACUAUACAUGUGGGCUUCGAUUCAGUUACUGGAGAAUUUACAGGAAUGCCAGAGCAGUGGGCACGUCUGCUACAAACCUCAAACAUAACUAAGCUUGAACAGAAGAAAAACCCACAGGCUGUGCUGGACGUACUAAAAUUCUAUGAUUCGAAGGAUACUGCUAAGCAGAAAUAUCUGAGUUUCUCUGCCCCAGAUAAAGAUGGGAUCCCUUCUGGUGUAUCACCUGCUCCUCAUGCAAAGGGUUCGGAGCCUACAAGAGUGGCAACAGGCGAUGAUGAUGAUGAUGAAGAGACUCCUCCUCCUAUUAUUGCUCCACGACCAGAACACACCAAAUCGAUGUAUACCCGUUCUGUCAUUGACCCAAUACCACCUCCUGCUGGUGAUGCAGACAGUUCAGCAAAGGGUGCAGACAGGCAGAAAAAGAAAACGAAGAUGAGCGAUGAAGAAAUUAUGGAGAAACUCAGAACAAUUGUAAGCAUUGGGGAUCCCAAGAAGAAAUACACCCGAUAUGAAAAGAUUGGUCAAGGUGCUUCUGGAACGGUCUUCACGGCAAUAGAUGUUGCAACUGGUCAAGAGGUUGCUAUUAAACAAAUAAAUCUUCAGAAGCAGCCCAAGAAAGAACUGAUCAUCAAUGAAAUUCUGGUGAUGAAAGAACUGAAGAACCCAAACAUUGUAAACUUUUUGGACAGUUUCCUAGUGGGGGAUGAACUGUUUGUUGUAAUGGAAUAUCUAGCAGGUGGGUCUCUCACAGAUGUAGUAACAGAAACCUGUAUGGAUGAAGCACAGAUUGCAGCUGUGUGCCGGGAGUGUUUGCAAGCCCUAGAAUUCCUCCAUGCAAACCAGGUUAUCCACAGGGAUAUCAAGAGUGACAAUGUGCUUUUAGGAAUGGAUGGGUCCGUCAAACUUACCGACUUUGGCUUCUGUGCACAGAUCACCCCAGAACAGAGCAAGCGUAGCACGAUGGUUGGUACCCCUUACUGGAUGGCUCCUGAAGUAGUUACCAGGAAAGCAUAUGGUCCUAAAGUAGAUAUAUGGUCUCUUGGUAUCAUGGCCAUUGAGAUGGUUGAAGGAGAGCCACCUUACCUCAAUGAAAACCCUCUAAGGGCAUUGUAUUUGAUUGCUACUAAUGGAACCCCAGAACUGCAGAAUCCUGAAAAGCUGUCCCCUAUAUUCAGAGAUUUCCUGAACCGCUCCCUGGAAAUGGAUGUGGAAAAGAGAGGAUCAGCUAGAGAGCUCCUUCAGCACCCGUUUUUGAAACUCGCAAAACCACUGUCCAGCCUGACUCCUCUAAUCCUGGCUGCAAAAGAAGCAAUGAAAGGCAAUCGUUAAUGGACUGCCUGUUAUCCUUUUACCCGUGGCCUUCUCACUUGCCCUACUACCUUUUUAACCACCUCAAUAUUCUUGAAGUGCCACUCCUACCCAUGUCACAUGGACCUCGGAGACAAGGGUAGGAAUAAAAGUAUCCUGUGAAGGAACAGAUAAAAUGCUAUGUAUUCUUCCCUUGCCGUGAAGAUGAAAAUACUGAAUGUCAUAAGAGAAGGAAACUGAUCUCUCCAAAUUUUGUGUGUGUUCCUUUCAGGAAAAGAACAUUUCUUAAAUUUGUGGCCUUUUCAAAAUCCCUGAGAUUUCUAGGGAAUUGACUGCAUUAUGGAAAUAGUUUUUGUAUGUCUUCUCUUUUCCUUGGAGGGCAUUGCUCUUUUUUUUUUUUUUUUCUUUUUUUCUGGCCUUUUCUUGAUACUUGAAUAACUUUCACGCAAGUGGUGAAGCCUUAAUGUUCUUUCUCUGCUGACUCUUCAGAUUCUACUUGCUCUUCGGGUGCCUGGAUGUUUUCUUAUAAAGGAAAGAGGUGCUUUAUGCUGUCUAUCAACUUAUCAUAUGCUUAUUGCAAAAGCAGGGCAAAAAUGACAACUGAUUUAAAGACAAGAAAUGUAGCCAAUGGUUUUCAUGUCAGUGCUGCCAGCUAUUAUUUGAAAAGAAAUAUGUUGGAUUUGCAGGCAUGACAAAUAUUUCCACACAACCUGAAAAGUUCUCUUUUUCAUUCUUUUUGUUUCUACUUUUAUACAAAAGAGAAGUGGGUUCAGGGAGGGAUGCAGAAUGGAUCUGAUACCAGUUUUUGAAAAUAGUGCUGUUAAUGUUCUGUGUUGGCCAAAAUGGUGGUGUGUGGGGGAGGGGGAAGAUCAUUAAUGUACAUAAAAAGGUGACUAAUAUUGAAAUGUUACCAGUUUUCCCAUGUGUCAAGUGCUCUUAGCACACUGAUCUUUGUAUUGUCUUUACAAAAGUUAUUAGUUUUUGAUUUCCUCCCCCUGCCCCCUUAUACAUCCAUCUUUCUUUAAUUUAAUGGGAUAUAGUGCCAAAGUUAAAUCUACGUUACAAGAUACUCCCUCUCCCCUAUAACUGAUACCUGUAUAUUAAUUUAACUACUUCAGAAAUUUAGUUUAGAAACUAUUUCUUUUUUUCUUCUCAAAAUUGAAGUGCCUAUUUUAUCUUGUUCAUUUUAAGUAAUCGAUAUACCAAUCUGCUAAUGUUCUCUGUGUAAUUGUUGGGUUAAUUUGCACUUCCGUGCAACAUCUGUGUAAAAAAACAUUGUUUAUAAAAUAACUUGUAAUACAUACAUUGCUUUUUAAUACCAUAGCAGUGAUGUAUCCCAUACUUGUGUCAAUGCAAAUAAAUCCAGCAAUUUCUACUUGAGAUAAGCAUUUUCUUAAGCCUGUGAUAACCAGCUAGUACUGCUUAUUUACAUUGGUUAGUUAUCUGACAAAUGUGUUUUCUUCAUACAUGUGAACAAAAGGGAAUUGUCGUUCCAUGUUGUAUACCAGCUCCUUCUUAUGUUUUGCUUUUCUAUUCUCUAAAGAACUGGAUCACUAACCAGCCGCAUUUAGCAAAUGUCACAUAUCGAAGAGGCUAGAGAAUAGUAUGUGUAUACAGUUUGUGGAAAAUUCAGUGUAUUUUAAAAAUCCAGGGCUCAUGACUUGACUGGGAAAAAACAAAAAAGAUUGCCUGCUGUGGUUCCCUUCAUUGUGUUUUCAUGCUAAAAGCAAUAACUCAUAUGCCACAGUUUAUAUUUAAUUAAACCAAUGAAUUGUAGAAUAUAUCCGGUCUCUUGGCACUGAAGGAGUUAAAAUAGCUCUGAACAGUUUCUUUACAUUCUAUUGGAUGACAUGGGCCCGAUGCUAAACGGCAUACAUGCAGCAAAAAUCUUUUCUUUUCUUUCUUUUUUUCCUUUCUACUUUACUGUUAGAGGCUACUGACUCAACCA